AUGGCGGAAGACCUGGCUGAUGUCUCGCUUGAGGCUCCGCCAACUCACUAUCGAUCUAUUUUCCUUUUUCUCGGCUACCUGUCUCUAAUACUGUCCCUUGCUUUCAGUUGUUGUCGCACCAUAUAUGUUCGAUAUCGCGCACGCCAAACGAACAAUGACUGGGCUACUAGUCAGCGGCAGGCGCAUUUAUCCUUAUUUGUCUUUCUGGCAGCUUUGAGUCUUGGUACAACAUGGUUUUACAUGAUCUCACUCUUUGUCCGCGAAGAGACGCCUCUGGUCACUCGGAUGGGUCUUUGGCUAUACAAUACGUACAUCUUCCAAGAGGCCUGGGAGACGGUGUCCGAGGACGCAGCACGAGUCUGGUGGAGUGGCCAGAUCUUUUGGUGGACCAUUGGUUGGAGUCUUUUCCUCGGCAUCACAGGUCGGAGAUAUCGCAUUCCUCACGUCUGGGUUUAUAUGCUGCUGGCCCAGGCUGUCAGUGUCGCCUUCUCGGCAAACCUCUUCUUCGCUGCAAUCACCGUCUCUACACGACCGGAUGAGAAGAGCGUUGCCUUUUCAUGGUCCCCGCCAUUAUUCUAUGAAGUCGUGCCAGUUGCACUCUCGCUUCUCGACACCCUUGCCGUCCCUAUCUUUGCGUACCAGAAAGAAUUCAUGCUAGUCCUGCUCGCGCCUCACUUUCUGGUCUUCGUCCCCUGUUUGUUGAGCCCGAAGAGCUCGUCCUCGGAGCCUACUACUAAAGCGCAGGGACAGCGCACAACCCAGCGCUACGUUGCCUUAAUGCAGUGGGUGGCGGCUGUUUCGGUUGUUAUGCAGGCCUAUUUCACUUUCCUGGCGUUGCAAGAACUCGGCACGGAUCUGUCUUACGGCGAGUUCGCGAAGCAGUUGUGGGACACUGUGUAUGUCCAUCCAGCUUGUAGCAGUGUCAGCUGGGAUGCCAUCAUGAGUGCUGUGAGUGCAUUCUCCUGGGCGUUUGUGCACGGUUUCGACACAAGUCGGAUGCUUGGUGGGGAGGGCUACCCCGGCAACUCAAGUGGACGCAGACGCACUAUUUCCAACGAGGCCAUCAGCUCGUGA